AAACAGCGUUCCGACUUCUGUUGCAUCCUCUUUGACCGGUCUCAGCGGCCGUGAUAAAGGUGCACCGGUCCCAUCUGCCUAGAAAACUCCCAGAUAUGCUUUGCAAGUUUUAGUUGACCCUGUCCGUGCGAAGAGGAAGAUACAAAAGCAAUUCUCCCCACCGCAAGUCGUCAAGCGUGUACAAGCCGGGUGGAUUGCUUCCGUUGUCCCGUUCUGGAUUCUGUUCAAUAUGUCUUUCCUUCACCGGUUGAAAGAAGGCCGUGUCGCUCCGUCCUUGAGGAAUAAGCUAAAGGAGCAACUAGUGGCGGAUGGCGAUACCGCUGGUAAGCAUGUCAACAUCGUCGAGGAUAAAGAUGUAGCCUCCUCGACUGCCACAAUGCCAACCCCACCUAAAGAGGCACCCAGGGUGAUCAUAAUUGGUGCUGGUUCACGCGGCCAGUCGUAUGCUCGUGCUAUGGUAAACUCUAGGACAGGGAUCGUGGUUGGUGUUUGCGAACCUGUUGAGUUCGUACGCAAUGAAUUUGGAAGAAGGUACGUAUGGGGACCAUUCAACCGCGAGGCAAGGCCGUACGAAGCAUUUAAUUCGUGGCCGGAGUACAUUCAAUAUGAGCAAAAGAGGCGUCAAAGAAUAAUCGAUGAAGAUCUGAAAGCUGGCGAUGACGAGUUUCUCGGAGCAGAUGCUGCCUUUAUUUGUGUCCUCGACGAGAUGCAUAUUCAUGCUGUCAAAGCUUUAGCACCACUUGGCUUGCAUAUCAUGUGUGAAAAGCCGUUGGCAACUACGCUCAAAGACUGCAUCGGAAUAUACAGCAGCAUUGUAAGAGAAUGGGAGACUUUGGGGAAGAAGACAAUCUUCAGCAUCUGCCAUGUUCUUCGGUAUUCUCCUCAUAACAUAUUGCUCCAUAAGUUGGUUCGCGAGGAUCAGGUAGUUGGAGAUGUAGUAUCGAUUGAGCAUACAGAGCCAGUCGGCUGGUGGCACUUUACGCAUUCAUAUGUCAGAGGUAAUUGGCGUCGCUCGGAUACUUCUGCGCCAUCUUUACUUACAAAAUCCUGUCAUGAUAUCGACUUCUUGCUUUGGAUGUUAUGCUCUCCCGCCCCUGGUUCAUCUGAGCCUCCUCAUUUACCAAGCUCACUUGCAAGCACAGGCAAAUUGAACCAGUUUCGUAAGGCUAGAAAACCCAAGGCAGCGGGAAAUGCGACAAACUGUCUAAGAUGCCCUAUCGAAAAUAGCUGUAUUCAUUCGGCAAAGAGAUUGUAUGUGGAUAAACAUCUAGAGAAAAAUCUCCUCGGUUGGCCUGUGAAAAUUGUUGUUCCUGAGAUUGAAGAUCUGUUUAGGACGGAAGGCAAAGAUGUGGGAAGAGCUCGGCUGUUGGAGAAGCUCAGCGAGGACUAUGAUUCAGAUACACCGGAUGAAGAGGUUAAAAAGAAGAAUUGGUUUGGUCGAUGUGUCUGGGAAUCCGAUAAUGAUGUUUGCGAUGAUCAGACCGUCACGAUCAAUUGGGAAGACGAUCCUAUAGCCAAGGAUGGUUCUCAAGCAACGAAUGAGAUAUCGCUGGCUGGAGACCUUGGCGGCUUGAACGACAGAGGCGCAAAGUCGGCAGUUCUCCACAUGAUAUCAUCUACAAAACAGAUCUGUGAACGAUACGGUCGGAUAUUUGGUACAAAAGGCGAGAUCAUUUAUGAUUCCUAUGCUAUCCAAGUGCAUGAAUUUGCGACGGAUACAACUUCUGUACAUCGGCCUGAGCGAAAAGUUGACGGGCACGGUGGCGGUGACGAUGGCUUGGUGCAAAAUUUUCUGAACGCUGUAAAGGAUGUCAUGGAUGGCAAUCUUGAAGCGGAGGAGGCGCAGAAGAAGCACCUUGGCUGCAGUCUAGAAGAAGUUGUCAGAAGUCAUAUAGCGGUGUUUGCAGCCGAACAGGCAAGGACUACCGGCAAAACAGUGGACUGGAAACUCUUCUGGGCAAAGGAAGUAGAGGAACAUGUCAAUGGGAAGCCACAGACAUGAACACGUUACUCCUUUGAAUUAUUCUAGUCCGCACAUCAGAAAGAACUGCUGGAGGCCCUGCAUAUCCACACGCACUGCUGAUGUUUAUUCGUUGCGAAUGACUGUGUAACAAAAUACUCUUUGAGACACGGAACUACCAGCCGAUGGUUCUAUGUUACGCAUGAUACAUCAGUAGUGCUCCGUAUUGUGGGAAGGCCUAUUAUGCUUAAUGCGAACAUGCU